UUCCCCCAGUACCUGACGGCUUAGUCGCUUCGGUGGCGCACACGGCCAUGGAACACAAGCCCUGGUGCGAGCCUUUCCUCGUCCCCCUUGAAGAAGAGGCGGACGCUGCAUUUGGUGUGAUAUGGAUGGUACAUUUCAGUACUAGGUUGGCUGCUUUGGUCUUCUCUUCAAUCACUGGACAGUGGCAAGCUGGUGCAUCCAAGGAAUGGAGGGAUUUGCUCCUUGGCCAGGGCAAGUCAACCGUGGUGUCACCGUUCGACCCUGAGUUUCACGAGCGCCAUUACGCGUAUGGCUGCUUCUACUGGGAGUCCACCAUGAGUCAGAAGAAAGAGUUGCUCGUGCUUGACACCUGUACGAUGGAGUUCUCCAUUUCUGACCUCCCGCCCAGAAAAUGGUGUGCGCUAGGUCUAGCCAUUGUGGAGGCAGGGGAAGGCAGGUUUGGACUGUUCGGCAUCCUUGAUGAAACUUUAGCUGGCAAAUUUGAUCUCUGUUAUUACACCAGGGGAAACAAAGCCGAGGGUUCUAGCCAGUGGCAGUUGGAGAAGACAAUCUCACUAGGUUCUGGGUGCCAGCAUCAUAUCAAAACUGCAACUGGGAGGUACUUGCUCCUAGGAAAGUUUGGACCCAUGCGGUUCGUAGGCUCAACCCCGCAUAUGGACUUGGAAUAUAUUUCAGUUGAUGUCAAGACGUUGCAGCGUGAGAGAGUUUGUGGCAAAUCUUCUGGGUUUGCCAUGUCCAAGACGUGGAUAUAUACCAACUUCCCGCCAUCGUUGUCUUCACCGGCAAUAUGAAGUGCUUCGACGGAGCCAUGGCCAGAUCAGCAUUUCCAUCUUCAGGGCUCCCAAGUUUUUUUUGGUUUCGGCAGCAUGGACUUCGCCUGGAUGUGAUCGUGUCUUGCCUACAAGACGAAAUUAUGAAUCUAGUCACUGUUGGUGCUCAUGCCUGAUGCCGUCCUCAUGACUGAUGUCUGACUUGUUCUUCUUUUUAUAUGCUCUAGUGGUCUAGAUUUGGAACUCGGUCAGUGUAGUGUAACCGACAUCAGUCACGUGGUUGUUGUUCCAGCCUAAUAUAGAACGUGGCACUGAAGUGUUUAACAGUUCUGAACCUCCCAACAGCAUUUUGGAAGAUGUACUGACAUGGCUACGGUUUAA